AUGUUCAAGAGAUUGACUAAGAAGAGUGAAAAGACUGUGCCAGAUGAGAAACUCAUCAAGAUAGAUGUGCCCAUAGAGGAGCUGCCUGCUGGGUUAACACCUCCAAAGAGUAAAAGUUUGACUUCUGAGCAGGAAAAGAUGUAUGAUGAAGUGUUGGAGCAUUUUAGUAAUCCCAAAUUGGAGCUCCCAACUACUGAGAAGCAGAAAGAUGGAGAAUUGAAGCCGCUAACCGAGGAAGAAAAGGCAUGGCUUACGAGAGAAUGCUUCUUGAGAUACCUGAGGGCUACGAAAUGGGUUUUGAAAGAUUGUAUUGAGAGAAUUGCUGAGUCAAUUGCAUGGAGAAGAGAAUUCGGUAUUAGUCAUAUGGGCGAAGAGCAUGGAGAUGAAUUGACCGCUGAUACGGUGGCUCCAGAGAAUGAGACUGGUAAGCAGGUUGUUUUAGGUUAUGAAAAUGAUGCUCGUCCAAUUUUGUAUCUGAAACCAGGAAGACAAAAUACUAAGACUUCGCAUAGACAAGUUAAGCAUCUGGUUUUUAUGUUGGAACGAGUUAUUGAUUUUAUGCCAGCAGGACAGGACUCUUUAGCUUUAUUGAUUGAUUUCAAAGAAUAUCCCGACGUUCCAAAAGUAGCAGGAAACAGUAAAAUUCCACCUCUUGGGGUCGGAAAAGAAGUUUUGCACAUUUUGCAAACACAUUACCCAGAAAGGCUUGGUAAGGCAUUAUUGACAAACAUUCCUUGGUUGGCAUGGACUUUUUUGAAAUUGAUUCAUCCAUUCAUCGAUCCAUUGACUCGUGAAAAAUUGGUCUUUGAUGAACCUUUUGUUGGUUACGUACCUGUGGAUCAGCUAGAUAAAUUAUACGGCGGUUAUCUAGAUUUCACCUACAAGCAAGACGUCUACUGGCCAAAAUUGGUUCAGGACGCUCGCGAGAAGAGAGAUCACUAUUUUAGCAGGUUUCAAAAAUUUGGUGGUGUGAUCGGUCUCAGUGAAUAUGAUUUGAGAGGACAUGAUGAUAAACUACUUUACCCAGUAAAGAAGAUGAACGGCCAAAAAUAG